AUGUCUUUGUGGGAUAAUACUGCAUUCUCUUCCGUUGUUAAAGAAACAAAUAAUAAACAAGAAAGUGUUAAUGAUAAAGAAGAUGAAACAAAAAGGAAAGAAGUUCAAAUGGAAGAAGAAAGUGAAGAAGAAAGUAUGAAUAAAGAAGAAGUUUCAACAAAAGAAGAAAUUAGUGAGGAUGAUAUAAGCAAUGAAGGUGAUGAAGAGAGUAGUAAGGAUGAUAUAAGUAAUGAAGAUAAUGAUAUGAGUAAUGAGGAUAAUGAUAUAAGUAAUGAAGACAAUGAUAUAAGUAGCGAGGGUGAUGAUAUAAGUAAUGAAGAUAAUGACAUAAGUAGUGAAGAUGAUGAAGAAGGAGAAGAACAAGAUUCAAAACUAAAAGAAGGUGGUGAUGAUAGUGAAGAGGAUGUUGAUGCUAAAGAGAUUGUUUUAGGGGGUGUCCCACAAAAAGAAAGUGAUAAAGAAGAAUCAUCAGAGGAGGAUGAAAAACCAAAGUAUAAAAGUAAAAAAGAAAGAAAAGAAUUAAGUUUAAUAACUCACACUAAAGAAGCAGAUAGAACUGUGUUUAUUGCAAAUAUUAAUAUUAAAGUUAAACCAGCUCAAAUGAAAAAAUUUUUAAAACAGUUUGGUAAAUUAGAAUCAUACAGAUUUCGUGGUGGUGCAUUUAUCCAGGAUGAAAAAUCAAAGAAGGUACAUUUCUUAAAGAAAGAAUAUGAUACAAAAGUAAGAAAAACACAAAAUUGUUAUGCUGUUUAUUCUACACCAGAAGAAGCAGAAAAAGCUGCCAAAGAAAUUAAUGGAAAAGAAUUUUUAGGAUAUCACUUAAGAGCUGAUUGGGAAGUUAAUAAAGGAAUGAAAAGAAAUAUUCGGAAAACAAUAUUUGUUGGUAAUUUACCAUUUAAAAUGGAAGAAGAACAAUUAAGACAUUUCUUUAGCAAAGUUGGAGAAAUAGAAUCUGUUAAAAUUGUUAGAGAAUCUAAAUCAGGUAUGGGAAGAGGUAUUGGUUUUGUUACAUUUACAAAUAAAGAAGAUGUACAAAAGGGGCUUAAUAUGGUUGGAGAAAAAAUUAAAGGAAGACAAAUUAGAGUUGAACCGUGUUAUAAAAAUUAUGACAAAAUUAAACAAAAGAAAGCUGAAAGAAUUGCUAAGGCAUUAGAAAUGAAAAAAGAAAGAAAAAGAGUAUAUAAAGAGAGAGUUAAAGCAAAUAUGGGGAAGUUGGAAAAACAAAAGCAAGAAAAGAAACCAACAAAAAAAGUACAUUCAAAACAAUAA